UUAUUUUUUUCCCGUUUCAGAUUUAGGUCGAGGGGUGUCACACCUAAACCUUGAGAAUGAAUAUUUUCCGAUUAGCCGGAGAUCUUUCCCAUCUGCUGGCGAUCAUCUUGCUCCUGAUCAAGAUCUGGAAGACUCGAUCAUGUGCUGGGAUCUCCGGAAAGUCCCAGAUCCUGUUCUUGAUCGUUUUCGUGUCAAGAUACUUGGAUUUGUUCUCAAACUUUAUCUCGUUGUAUAACACGGCGAUGAAGGUGUUCUUUAUCGGUUCGGCGGCUGCCACCGUCUACUUCAUGUACGUCAAGUUCAAGGCGACCUACGACGGAAAUCACGACACGUUCAGGAUCGAGUUUUUGCUCGGACCCUGCGCUAUCCUGGCCCUGGUGUUAAACCACGAGUUCUCCGUGAUGGAGAUCCUCUGGACCUUCUCCAUCUACCUGGAGAGUGUUGCCAUUCUGCCCCAGCUCUUCAUGGUCAGUAAAACGGGGGAGGCGGAGUCUAUCACCAGCCAUUAUCUCUUUGCUCUCGGAUCCUACAGGGGACUCUAUAUUCUGAACUGGAUUUACAGGUUGGUCAAAUUACAGGAAAUCAGGGUUGUAAUGUAUACUGUAUAUCCCCCCCCCCAGGGGGAAACAGUGAGGAAAUUAAUUUUUUUUUGCAUUUUUAAUACAGAGAAGCAUCUACGAAUUAUCAGAAUCAAACCUUUAAAAACUGACUAUAUAUCCUCAACCAGUGCUUAGGAUCCAUUCAAUUUUGAUGCG